UCUUUUUAACUUUUUACAGCUUGGCAAAAAGGCUCCCCACCACCAACUCUGAUUUUUCAUACUCCGCUCUCCCUUUUCUCUAUUCUUAAAAAGCUCCCUUUGCUCAUGACUCAUGACUCAACCCCUACCAACAACAUCAUCAAUCCCUCUCUGCAACUCAAAAGAUUGCACUCCUUUCUCCCAAAAACCAUGCAGCAGCCGCAAAAUUUGCCCAAAAAGAGACUACUCAUUUUCCACAAGGUCUCAAAUCUUCUUAGAAUCUCCAUUCUUGUUUCUAAAAUGAGGAAACCUGCCAUUCCCAAGCUCAUUUUCCUCAAGAAAACAAGAAAAUUUAAAAGGUUCAUGUUACUCAAGCAGAACAACAGCUAUGGGUUUCUCAAAGAUUAUGAGUUCUCUCCUUCAAGUAAUCCUCUCAUUCGCCGCUACAAAAAAAAGUUCAAGAAUGGUAGCUAUAAAGAUAAUAUAUACUCCAUGUUUUUCCUCUGUAGACGCUUGGGUGGAAUGAAAGCCGAAGAAGGAGAAGUAGUAGAUUUUGCAUUGCCAUUGCAAACACUUCCUGCAGCUACCAUUCCUGAGGAAUAUUUGCAGCCAUUGGAUUUAGGGUAUGAUCAGGAAGAGUCCGUUGAUCAGAGGGCUGAGAGGUUUAUUGAGAGGUUCUACCAAGAGAUGAGAAUGCAAAGGCAGGAAUCAAUUUAGCUAUAAUGGCGUCUGAAAAUUUCAAUUCCAAAUUCUUUGUUUGACUAUUUAUUUUUUCAAUUAAUGGUGCUGAUGAUCUCCACGGAAUUUAUAUAUUGUGGAGAAUAUUUCUGGGGUUUUUAGUUUGUUGUCAAAUCUGUUGUGUGGAGAAAAAUUUUUAUUUCUUUGAAUUAACUGAUAAGAAAAUGAGCCAUUCUUUUUCCUAUUAUUAAUCUCUCUUUUUUAUUUUUAUAAACUUCUAUUAUUUUUUCACAUCUCAUAAUGUAAGGGAGUGAGAUCAGUCAAUAGAAAAGAAUGUCUCCUUGUUCGUCAUAA